UCCCCACUCUCUCCACAACCUCCAAUACCCAUUUACUCCCCCACUCUUCUCCUCUAAAAAACCCACCAUUGCUGGUGUGGGCUUUUCCCAGAAGCACUUCUCUCUCUCUCUCUCUCUCUCUGUUUGGUUCUUCUUCUUCUUCUUCUUCUUUUUCCUUUUUUUGUUGUUGGUUGGAUUACUUGAUAAGGGGAAAACAAAAUGGCUUGUGCUAAGAUGCUUGUUCAUGUGAUGGUUGUUGUUGUUGUUGCUGUGGUGGUGCCAUUGGGGGCUUAUGGUGGCCAUGACUAUGGGAAAGCACUGAGUAAAAGCAUUCUCUACUUUGAGGCUCAGAGAUCUGGGUACCUCCCCAGCAACCAGAGGGUCACUUGGAGAGCCAACUCUGGCCUUCUUGAUGGAAAGGCCAAUGGGGUUGAUCUUGUUGGGGGAUAUUACGAUGCGGGGGACAACGUGAAGUUCGGGUUGCCCAUGGCAUUCACGAUUACCAUGAUGGCAUGGAGCGUGUUAGAAUACGGUAAACAGAUGGCCGCGAGCGGUGAGUUGGGCCAUGCCAUGGACGCCAUUAAGUGGGGCACCGAUUACUUCGUCAAGGCCCAUCCCGAGCCCAAUGUUCUCUACGGAGAGGUGGGUGAUGGAGAUUCGGAUCACUACUGCUGGCAACGGCCGGAGGAUAUGACAACGAGCCGCCAGGCAUACCGCAUAGACGCUGAGCAUCCAGGCUCCGACCUCGCCGGUGAGACCGCCGCGGCCAUGGCUGCUUCGUCCCUCGUCUUUCGCCAAUCCAACCCGGCCUACUCGAACCUGCUCCUCGACCACGCCAAGCAGUUAUUCAAUUUCGCCGACAAGUACAGAGGAAAAUACGACGGCAGCAUCAUCGUAGCUCAGAGAUACUACCAAUCCUUCAGCGGAUACGGAGAUGAGCUUCUGUGGGCCGCUGCGUGGCUACACCAGGCCACCGGCGACCGUUACUAUCUGGACUACUUGGCCAAUAACGGCGACGCCCUGGGCGGGACCGGGUGGUCCACCGCCGAGUUCGGUUGGGACGUAAAAUACGCCGGUGCACAGGUUCUCGCGGCCAAGAUACUGCUUCAAGGCAAUGCAGCAGAGCAUGCAUCAGUACUGGAGAGUUACCAGCAAAAGGCAGAGUACUUCAUGUGCUCGUGCCUCGGAAAGGGGCCGCAGAACGUGCCGCGAACCCCCGGCGGUUUGAUGUACCGUCAGAGGUGGAACAAUCUCCAGUUCGUGACGAGCUCGUCGUUCCUGCUCACCGUCUACUCCGACUAUCUCGCUUCCGCCGGAAAAAGCAUUCAGUGCUCUUCGGAAACCACCCAGCCCUCUGAGCUUCUCGCUUUCGCCAAGUCUCAGGUGGACUACAUUCUCGGCGACAACCCGCGAGCCACGAGCUACAUGGUCGGCUACGGCGCGACUUACACUCAGCAGGUCCACCACCGCGGCUCCUCCAUCGUGUCCAUCAAGGUGGACCCUGCUUUCGUCAGCUGCAAGGGGGGAUACGCGACUUGGUACGGUCGUCAGGCGAGCGACCCCAACCUCUUGGACGGCGCCAUCGUCGGUGGUCCAGACGCUUACGACGACUUCACCGACGAGAGAGAUAACUACCAGCAGACGGAGGCCGCGACCUACAACAAUGCUCCUAUUCUCGGUGUUUUGGCUCGACUUAACGGCGGAAGCACUGGAUUGAGUCAGUUACUUCCUGUUGUAGUUCCUACACCUUAUACCAAGCCAAUCAAAAAGGAAGAUCCAACUCCUCUGCCGCAUCCAAAUCCAUCUACUUCUCCAGUUUCCGAAGAAUCCUCGCCAGUUACAAUAGAGCAAAAGGCGACGGCGUCGUGGGUCUCCAAAGGCAAGACAUACUACAGGUACUCAGUCAUAGUGACCAACAAGUCGCCGAAAACGGUGAAGGAUCUCCACGUCGGGAUAUCGAAGCUCUACGGCCCACUGUGGGGUCUCGACAAGCACCGGUACGGCUACGUGUUCCCGACGUGGCUCGAGUCGCUGCCAGGUGGGAAGAGCCUCGAGUUCGUGUACAUUCACUCGGCCUCUCCCGCCGAAAUCUGGGUCUAUGGGUACAAACUGGAAUAAGAAAGUGAAUGGUUUGGUCAUCUGAUAUAGCAAAUGCAGUGUUCACAAGAAGGUGUUUUUAAGGCCUUCUUUAGUACUACGAGCAUAGUUAGUGUUGUUUAGUUUAAGCACUGGUGAGAGUGUGUGUAUGAGAGGAGAAAGGAGUGAAGAGACAAGAAUGGAAGUGCUCAUCCUCUUUCUCCUCUUCAGGGAUUUGGAGAGAUGGAGUGGAGAGUUAAAAAGUGCUCAUCCUCCUCCCUUAUUUUAUAUCUGGUCAUUUAUUUUUUUCCUUUUUUUUUUCCCUACAAUUCGAUCAACAAGCUAUGGUUGUGUACUAAGUAUAUGCUUUUGAUUUCAAUGAAGAUGUUGUGUGGUGGUGAUGCUCACCAUCUUAUGGUAUUGAUAUAAAUUUGUGAAAGUUUAUGGAA